AUGUCUAGUAUAAAUUCUAAUAAUACUGUUAAAAAGCCGUCAGAUUGGCCAAAUUAUGGUGCUGAAACAACACCAUAUAUCUCGGCGGAACAAUCUCUCAUACCCGAGGAAAAAGGGUCGAAUUGGAAUGCAUUCGUGCAUCUCAUUUGCGCAACAGCCGGGUCUGGCAUCCUAGGUGUUCCGCACGCAUUAUCACAAGGAGGAUGGAGCUUGUUAGCAAUACUAACGCUUUCGGCUGUGAUGUCUGUCUAUUCAAAUAACAAACUAAUAGAAAGCUUAUAUCAUGAUGGAAAAACUCGUAAACUAUCAAUGCCACAGCUGGCAUUCGACGCGUUUGGAAAAUCAGGCUUAUUAGUCAUCGGCUUUUUCUACAAUUCUGUCUCGUUCGGAACGGUGGUUCUGUUCUUGAUUCUAGCCGGGCAAAAUCUUCAUGGGUUGUUACAGAAUAGUGUCGAUCUAAGAAUGGAGGAUUGGGUGUAUAUUUGUGCGGCAGUGAUGGGUGUUCCUUUUGUGUUAUCGAAAACUAUCAAAGAGGCUGUGUGGUUAAGUUUAUUUGGUGCUUUGACUACUUCUCUUGUAGCUGUAGUUGUGAGUUAUUCGUCUGUUGUAGAUUAUCCGAAUCACCCAAAUAGUAGUCACGAUAUUAUUAAUUUUCGGAAGAUUCCUAUUGCAUUGGGAACAUUAAAUUUUGCAUAUGGUGGAAACGUGAUAUUUCCUAAUAUAGAAGCAGGUAUGAAAACCCCAUCGGCAUGGCCAAAAGUUAAUUGUCUCGCAAUCUCUUUAUUGACCUCAAUGUACUUUCUGAUCGGAAUUCCCGCAUACCUAACCUACGGCGACCAAACCAGCUCGCCAGUCUAUUUAAGCCUACCAGCUGGUUGGGCAGUCACCAUCUCAAUAACAAUGAUAACCGCACACGUUCUACUCGCCCUCCCCAUCUACAUGAUCUCCGUUUGCCUGAAUAUCGAAGAACACUUGGGCAUCACCGUCGCAAAAGUCGGAAGACUCCGCGAAUACCUGUAUCGUAUAUUAUUACGCACCUCCCUAAUGACGAUAGUCGUGUGUUUUGCGGUCUUCGCCCCGUAUUUCGCUGAUGUGAUGGCAUUACUUGGUGCAUUGGGAAACGGAGUAUUGUUGGUAGUGAUGCCGGUGGUGAUUUGGAUAAAGUUGUUCGGCUGGGAUCGUUUGCACGGGGUUGGCGAGAAGUUGUGGGUUGUGUUUAUACUUAUUUAUGCGGUUUUGGGAUCAGCUAUUGGGACUAGUGAUGCGAUGAUGGCGCUUUGGAAUGAUAUUGAUAAAAAAGAUUAA